AUGAAGUGGCUGAUUUUCAUACUCAUUUUGAUUUGUUUCUCUGAAGGACUUGUGAGAGUCCCACUGAAAAGGUUCAAGUCCAUUCGAGAAACAAUGGCUGAGGAAGGAAUCCUGGAGGAAUUUAUGAGGAGCUACAUAAGGGAACCAGGCAUUAAAUACAAUUGGAAAAUUCACAAUCGCUUAAGUGUUGCUUAUGAGCCCCUGUACCUGGAUACAUAUUACUUUGGUGAGAUCAGUAUUGGGACACCACCACAGAACUUCCUGGUUGCCUUCGAUACUGGUUCUUCAAAUCUUUGGGUCGCAUCUACAUACUGCCAGAGUCCAGCUUGCACCAAUCACGUGUUGUUUAAUCCUAGUCAAUCUUCUACCUACACUUCCAAUAAUCAGCAGUUUUCCAUGUGGUAUGGCAGUGGCAGCAUGACUGGAGUUUUGGGAUAUGACACAGUGACAGUACAAGGUUUGUCUAUCCAGAAUCAGGAGUUGGGUCUGAGUGUCACUGAGCCCAGCAGCUUCUUCUACUAUUCCAAGUUUGAUGGUAUCUUUGGCAUGGCCUAUCAAUCUCUGUCAGCAGAAGGAGCUACCACUGCAGUGCAAGGACUGAUACAACAGAAUCUUAUCCCACAGGCAGUCUUCAGCUUCUACCUCACUGGAAUUCAAGGUGGCCAAUCUGGAGAAGUGAUUCUUGGGGGAGUGGAUAGCAGCCUCUAUUCUGGACAGAUAUACUGGACUCCAGUGACUGAAGAGAUUUACUGGCAAAUUGCUAUUGAAGAGUUUUAUGUUAACGGACAGGCAAGUGGCUGGUGCAGUCAGGGUUGCCAGGGAAUUGUGGACACUGGAACUCCUUUACUCACUAUUCCAGAACAGUAUUUAGGAACUAUAUUGCAAUACAUUGGUGCUCAGCAAAUGGAGAACGGAAACUAUGCAGUCAACUGCAACAAUGUACAGAACCUGCCAUCUAUCAGCUUCAUCAUCAGUGGAACCCAGUUUUCCAUUCCACCCUCUGGAUACAUACUACAGAUAAAUGGAUAUUGUGUUGUUGGGUUUGAGUCUACCUACCUACCUUCCCGAAAUGGGCAGCCACUUUGGAUUUUGGGAGAUGUAUUCUUACGUCACUACUACUCUGUGUAUGACUUUGAAAACAACCAAGUUGGCUUUGCUGCUAUGGCAUAA